AGUAAACAAGAAUAAUUAAAAAAUGAUGUGUAUUUGGCGCGUCAUGUAGAGGAAGAAGUGUGCAAAUUACAGUUGAAACUUGAAAGAGAGGAUAUGGGAGUGGCAGUGGAAACAUGGCAAUGUGGCCUCCACUGCAGAUCCUUAAACCCUUUCCUCUCUCCUCCCCACCCCAAGCCACCUUUCCGCCACAAACCCACCACCCUCCGGCUCCGCCACGCCACCCACCACUCCCUCCUCCACGCCCUCCACGUCUCCUCGCGCUCCGGCGCCACCCUCCUGGCCAAGAGCGUCCACGCCACCCUCCUCAAACACCCCCAAGACACCCACCUCUCCACCGCCCUCAUCACCUCCUACCUCAAACUCCGCCUCUUCCCCCACGCGCUGCGCGUCUUCCUCUCCCUCGCCUCCCCCAACGUCGUCUCCUACACAACCCUAAUCUCCGCCCUCGCACACUCCCGCCACGCGCUCCACCUCUUCCUCCGCAUGACGCGCUCCCACGUCAUCCCCAACGAGUACACCUACGUCGCCGUUUUAACCGCCUGCACCCGAACUUUCCACUUCCAAUUGGGCCGCCAGCUCCACGCCGCGGCCCUCAAAACGGCCCAUUUUGAGUCCCCCUUCGUCGCAAACUCCCUCAUCGCUCUCUACGCAAACCACGCCUCCUUCCGCGUCGCGCUUAAGUUAUUCCACCAAACUCCAAACAAGGACACUGCGUCGUGGAACACUCUUAUAUCCUCUGCGCUGCACCACUCCUUAUACGACACCGCGUUUGGCUUAUUCCGUCAAAUGCAAACCACGGAUGCGUUUAGCGUUGAUGAUUUCACGCUGUCCAUACUUUUCUCCGCGUCCGCUUCGUUGGUGGAGGGUCAACAAGUUCACGCGCACGCUGUUAAGUUAGGCUUCGAAACUUGUUUGAACGUUGGGAAUGGACUUGUAGGGUUUUACACCAAGUAUGGAAGUAUUGCUGAGGUGGAGUCCUUGUUUCAGGGGAUGAGAGUGAGGGAUGUUAUCACUUGGACUGAGAUGGUCACUGCUUAUAUGGAGUUUGGGUUGGUGGAUUUGGCAUUGAAGGUGUUUGAUGAAAUGCCGGACAAGAAUUCGGUGUCGUAUAAUGCAGUUUUGUCUGGCUUGUGUCGAAACGGAGAAGGGUUAGAGGCGAUGGAGUUGUUUGUUAGAAUGGUGGAGGAGGGUCUGGAGUUGACGGAUUUUAGUUUGACUAGUGCUGUGGAUGCUAGUGGAUUGCUUGGUGAUUACAAGGUUUGCAAGCAGGUUCAUGGGUUUGCGGUGAAGUUUGGGUUUGGAUCGAAUGCUUGUGUUGAAGUUGCGUUGCUUGACAUGUACACGAGGUGUGGGAGGAUGGUGGAUGCUGAGAAGAUGUUUUUGAGAUGGGAGUUGGAGGAGUUUAGCUCUGUGGCUUGGACAAGCAUGAUAUGUGGCUAUGCUCGGAACGGGCAACCGGAGGAGGCCAUUUCUCUUUUCCACGUUGGUCGAUCGGGUGGGAAGCUGAUUAUGGAUGAAGUUACGGCGGCUACGAUGCUUGGUCUUUGUGGAACUGUUGGCCAUCUUGAUAUGGGUAAGCAAAUCCAUUGCCAUGUUGUGAAGUGUGGCUUGGGAUGUAAUUUGGAAGUCGGAAAUGCAGUUGUUAGCAUGUAUUUUAAGUGCGGGAGUGUGGAUGAUGCAAUGAGGACUUUUAAUGAUAUGCCUUGUACCAAUGUGGUUACGUGGAAUACUUUGAUUUCUGGCAAUCUUAUGCACAGACAGGGAGAUAGAGCAUUGGAAAUAUGGAUGGAAAUGCAGGAGGAGGGCAUAAAGCCCGAUCAAGUUACGUUUGUUUUGGUAAUUUCAGCUUACAGGCAAACUGACUCGAAUUUGGUUGAUGAUUGUCGUAGUUUAUUUAAUUCAAUGAGAAGUGUUUAUCAAAUCGAGCCCACAUCCGAGCAUUAUGCUUCCUUCAUCAGUGUUUUGGGUCACUGGGGUCUUCUGCAAGAAGCACUAGAAACUAUCAAUAAGAUGCCUUUCAAGCCUUCUGCUCUCAUUUGGCGCUCAUUGCUUGAGGGUUGCAGACUGCAUAAGAAUGCAAUGAUUGAAAAAUGGGCGGCUCAGAAUAUUCUUUCUCUAGAACCUAAGGAUCCUUCCACGUUUAUACUCGUUUCAAAUUUGUAUUCUGCUUCUGGGAGAUGGGAUCGCUCUGAAAUGGUGAGGGAGAGUAUGAGAGAAAAGGGGUUUCGCAAACACCCAGUUCAAAGUUGGAUCAUUUCUCAGAAGAAAAUACAUACAUUUUAUCCUAGGGAUAGAUCACACACACAGGAGAAAGAUAUAUAUAGAGGAUUGGAGAUUCUGAUCAUGGAGUGCCUAAAGGUUGGAUAUGAACCUGACACGAGCUUUGUUCUCCAUGAAGUAGAGGAGCAUCACAAGAAAACUUUUCUAUUCCAUCACAGUGCUAAACUUGCAGCAACUUAUGGGAUACUGAUGACCAAGCCCGGAAAGCCUGUUCGGUUAGUAAAGAACAUCCUUCUUUGUGGGGACUGCCAUGAAUUCUUAAAAUAUGCAUCUAUUGUCACAAAGAGGGAUAUAUUUCUGAGAGAUUCUUCUGGAUUUCAUUGUUUCUACAAUGGCCAGUGCUCGUGUAAGGACUGCUGGUGAGACGCUGUUUCGUCCAACUGGUCAUCAUCAUUCAUUUCAGUGAUGUUUGCUGAAUAAUUUUGUAAGUUGUAGGAUAGUAAUGUUAUAUAAGAGUAGUAUGAAAGAAUUUUUUUAUAGAUGUUAUACUACCGAAUUUUGUGGCACCAAUCAUGUGGAAGAAAGAUGUUCAUUACAAAUGCUUCUGUAAAAUAAUUAGGAAUUAGAACUGCACAGCCUUCAUUAGAACAAAGAUGUAUUUCCUAGUUUACUGAAAACCUUCACCGUGUAUGAUCUGACACAGUUCCGGUAUUUACCAAUUCAACUGGGUAUUCUGUC